AUGUCAACUAAUUCUGAAACAUCUGAUCGUGAAUCAGUUGUUACCGACAACGAUGAACGAACAACAAAUGGUGAGAGUAAUCGAUCAAGACCUCCCAUCAAAAGCACAAUUAUUAUUUCAAAAAAUCAUCCGUUGGGCCUGAUUGAAAAAAAUGUUCAAGGCUGUUUUGUUACUGUGAAUCGAUUAAAACAUUUUGGUUUUAUCAAAAGCAAAAGUGAAACUCCUUCAUCUGAUGUUUUUGCACGAGAAGCCUCAAUUCUUGAUAAGGUGCGCCCGAAGAAGUUUUUUGUGGGUGACAAAUGUCGUUUUGAUCUUAUUAAAACGCUUCGAGGCUACGAAGCCAUCAAUAUUGACAUACUCGAACGAAAUAUCAAUUCCAUUAACAAGUUAGGAAAAAUUCCGAUGAAAAAAAAAGAUACAGAGCCAAAACAAACAGAAAUAUCUAAUGACCUAUUCCAGUCAACAUUGGCAAUGCUUUUUCGUGAAGCAAUAAAUAAAAAGUAA